AUGAGUAGGUUUUCAGAUUGUCGGAAGAUGGAGAAGGUACCAAGAAGUCUGGUUUUAGGCGCGACUCCAUUUUUCUGCUUGCUUCUCCUCGCCUUGCUCUACACUGUCGAAAUCGGAUCCCACGUAGUUCCAUCAAAUCAAUGGAAGAAAACACAUUCAGGUGCGACUCAGAUAGAACAUCAAGAUCACCUGCAUUUUCUCAUGAAAAGACUAGUGAAAGGUUUCUUCUUCUUCUUUUACUUCUGCAUUUUCAUUAUUCAACAUUACGGAGGAAAUCAAACUCAGCUGGAAGCGACCGGAUUUGCUUGCCAUUAUGACUUUCACACUGAACUUUGUGUGUCCAGUAGACCAGUAAGGAUCGAUACACUUACAAUGACGGUUCAUAUACCAUUCAAUCAUGGUAUGCCCCAAGCCAAUCGAAUAAUCCUUCCAUAUGCAAAAAAGGAAGAUGAGUGGAUCAGGAGAACGGUAUCAUUAGUGCAGAUACUUCAGGGAAACAUCUCCCCCCUUCCACCUUGUGAGUAUACCCAUAAUGACCCUGCCGUAGUUUUCUCAUCUGGUGGAGCCACAGGAAAUAUAUUUCAUGAAUUCAGCGAUAUAAUCAUUCCUUUGUUCAUCACUAGUCGCCAUUUUCAAUCUCGCCUACGCUUUAUUGUUCCCGAUUUCGCAAUUCGGUUCAUGAGUAAAUAUAAGAAGAUUUUCUCCCAUUUGUCAAGCUAUGAAGUCAUUAAUCCAGCAGCAAAUGUAAGCGUGCAUUGCUUUCCGGGAGCAGUUGUCGGGCUUCACUACCAUGACAAUCUUGCCAUUAAGACCAUGGAAGUCCCUGAAGGUUACUCCAUGCUUGAUUUCAAGCAGUUUCUAAGAGAAUCUUACAAUCUAAAGAUACGAGAUUUGUCAAAGACGGAAAAACCGACGUUGAUACUUAUAUCUCGUAAAAACAAAAGAGUCUUUAUGAACGAAGAUGAGAUGGUGACCAUGAUAAAGGCAUUGGGCUUCAGAGUUAUCGUCGCACAGCCUGAUUUGACAGCCAAUAUGGACAAUUUUGCGGAGAUAGUAAACUCAUGCAGCAUACUGGUUGGUGCCCACGGUGCUGGGCUUACAAAUGCUGUCUUCUUGCCAGAAGGGGCUGUCCUAGUGCAAGUGGUGGGGCUUGGCAUAGAAUGGAUCGCAAACACAGCCUUCGGCAUACCAGCUCCAGGAAUGGGUUUGAAUUACAUAGAGUACAAAAUUGAACCAGAGGAAAGCUCUCUCAUCUCUCUUUAUGGCAAAGAUCACCCUGUCAUUGUUGAUCCCGGAUCCAUAACCUCGAAAGGGUAUGAGAUUCUUAGGGAUGUGUACCUUGAAAAGCAGAAUUUUAAUAUUGAUGUUGCGAGGUUUAGAAAGACUCUUGUCAAUGCACUUGGACUUCUUGGGCGCUCAGCCCCUUUGGUUUGA